CCCAGAGGCGGCUCCGCGGGGUCGCAGACAGCGGGGCUCGGUGUGAGGAACGAGCAGAGCAGAGGUCGCCAGGUGUAAGAGUAGCACGCGCACAGGUGAGAGGAGAGCAGUGUGUGUCAGGAUGGUGCGUCCAGUGCUUGUGUUCCUCAUCCUUGCUGUGGUGGUCAGCAGCAGCAGUAAGCCCACAGAGAGGAAAAGUCGGGUCCAUCAUGAGGAGCCUCUGAGCGCCCUUGAGCAUGACGACCAGAAAAACUUCGACUACGACCACGAAGCAUUUUUGGGUCAAGAGGAGGCCAAAACCUUUGAGCAACUUCCUCCAGAGGAGAGCCAACGCAGACUCGGCAUCAUCGUGGAUAAAAUUGACACUAACCGCGAUGGUUUCGUCUCUGAGGAGGAGCUGAAGGCUUGGAUCAGAAAUGCUCAGAGGAAGCACAUCUAUGACAGCGUGGAGCAUCAGUGGAAAGACUUCGACUUGAACGGCGACGGCCGCAUCAGCUGGGACGAGUACAGGAACGUGACAUACGGCAGUUAUCUGGAUGACCCUCCAAAGGAACCAGAGUACAACUACACCCACAUGAUGUCGAGGGACGAGCGGAGGUUCCGGGUCGCAGACAGGAAUGGAGACCUCAUCGCAGACAAACAGGAGUUUACCGCUUUUCUUCAUCCUGAAGAACACGAGUACAUGAAGGACGUCGUGGUGCAGGAAACGAUCGAAGACAUCGACAAGAAUGGAGACGGGUUUAUCGACCUGAAGGAGUAUAUCGGUGACAUGUACAUGUCUCAGGACGGCGAGGAGGAGCCUGAGUGGGUGGCGACAGAGCGUCAGCAGUUCUCGGAGUUCAGAGACAAAAACAAGGAUGGGAAGAUGGACAAAGAGGAGACGAUGGACUGGAUCCUUCCCUCUGACUAUGACCAUGCCGAGGCCGAAGCCCAACAUCUGCUGCAUGAGUCUGAUGCCAACCAGGAUGGAAAACUGAGCAAGAAAGAGAUUCUGGACAAGCAUGAGGUGUUUGUCGGAAGUCAGGUGACAGACUUUGGAGAGGCGCUACUGCGACACGACGAGUUCUAGAAGGUCACAUGAUUGAAGCGUCGCUGGAACAAACUGCUUCUGAAUUUUGGUGGAAACUUUAUGGAGAUAAUUUAUUUUUAGAGCCAAAGAAGAAAAAACAGUUUUGAUGUUCAACAGUUACUGCCAGGUUGUUAGGCCAGACUUUUUUAUUUUUCGUAUGUGUUUUUUGCUCCUCACGAGUUUCUGCAGUACAGAAGCGUAAAACACUGACCCGCCAUUUUCACUAAAAUCCACUUUUAUUUCAUUUAGCGUUGAAGAAAAUUAUGUCAUUGGGACACAGUUGGACUAAAAGGAGUGCUCAUGUGAUUUCAGGUGAGAGCGCCUUACUGUCGUAGCUGUGUUGGUCAUUUGGAAAAAAAUCUCACGUAAACGUUUUACGCUUCGUCCUUCAGAGCGUUGCCACUUUGGAGCAAAUAACAAAUGGUUUUUAUAAAGAUUUAAAGAUGCCUUAAAGCAUAGGUGUCAAACUCUGGCCCGCUGGCCUACUGGUAUUAUACAACUACUAUAUAUAUUGUUUAGUUCCAUAUUCAGUUUUUCAGCAAAACUUAUUUGAGUCCAUAAAUCUGGAGGAAGAUUUUUUUUUUUUCAUUAAAUAUUAAUGUUAGCCCGCGACCUUGUUACAGUUUUGAAUUUUGGCCCACUGUGUAUUUGAGUUUGACACCCCUGCCUUAAAGCUUAAAAAAAUCUACAGACAAAGUCUGAGUUUUAUGUCGCAUUUUUACCUGUUUAUCAAUAAAAA